AACGUAGAAAGUAAAUCGUAUGUAAAAAUAUUUUCAAAAGUACGCCGACAUUUUGAGACUGGUAUAAAAAAAAAACACAUAAGCUGAUAAUUGACAGUUCAUAUCGUUUUCGCACGCGUAUUACGUUUACUUUUUCGAGCUCGUAAGUGGCGACAGAAAUUUGAAAACACGAAUAAAAAAAAUUGUGCGAAUAUGUUGCAAGUGGUGUAAAGUUCUUGAAACAAUGAUGAGUAAGAAGAUAAUUUGGACGACGUUAUUGACCGUUCUACAUGUGUGCACAUGCAACGAUAUGCUGAAAGCAGCCGGCGAAACGAAUAAGAUCUCAAGUCGCGACUACCCGAGCGCCAGUGGCUCGAGUUACUACACCACGUUCGCUGGAUAUCCGUCGUACGCUUCGACCAGCGCCGGUGGCCCGGACCCUUUCAAGCCAUCCGACUACAAUGGCGGCGGUUACUACAACAGCCUUACGCCCGAUAACAAGAAGAAACCCACGUAUCCUCCUCCUCCGUACCCCACAGCGUACUAUCCAUCUGCCGGAUCGCUUCCCGAUUGCCAAGACCACGUUAUGAGUACGAUGAUCGGAGACUUUCUGUCGACCAGCGGCGUGCCACGAGUAGGUAUCCUUAGAACGCUAGUGGGAGCGGUCACAGCCGCCAUUCUCACCAAAAUACCUAUAAUACUGGCGGUAAAGGCGCUUAUCGUGAAAAUGUUCCUGUUGCCUUUGGGUUUCUUGGUGCUCUCGUUGCCAAUCCUGCUACCGAUUCUGCUGCUGUUUACGCCGCUGUGGAAUCGCAUCAGGGAGGUGUUCACCGGAACGACGACACCGUCGCCGGCCACUCCGCAGCCCGUGUUCUUAGUCAUGCAGCCGAAUACCACCAAUACGACCGCCUCCAAAGCAAGAUCUUUCCUCGACGAAGGUGACAUGGACAGCGGAUCUGUGAUGACCAGCGCUGCCGGAGAUAUUUUGGUAGCCGUGGUGCAAUCCGACAGGUGUCUGGAAAAGCUGGCUUGUCAGUUGGGCUCUCGAGACUCCGGCUCGGUUUUCGUCAAGCCCGUGUCUUGGUUAUUGAAAUUCCUGCAAACUUUCAAGUUCGUGCAGAAGAACGUGGAAAUUAGAAGCGCUUUGAAACGCUACAGAGACGCAUAUCUGCAAGCAGUAACCAUUAGCAGCAGCGACAGCGACAGCGACAAUGGCAGCCGAACAAAUACCAACAACAACUCGACAACAGAUUUAGACGACAGUGACAUAUGUACCGAUGACUUGUACCCUUGUAAUAUUCCGGCCUUAUAUGCGAGACCGGAAUUCGCCAGCUACAGUCGAUAUUUAUGA